AUGGGAAGGCCUAAGAUCUCCCACCGUCCGAGCAUAUGCUUCAGGGCUAUACUGCCUUCUGAUUUGGAGAUUUUAGAGCAACUGCACACUGAAGUAUUUCCUAUUAGGUAUGAGCCUGAGUUUUUCCAACAUGUUGUCAAUGGAAAUGGUAUUGUGUCCUGGGCAGCCAUUGACCGUGGACGGACCAAUGGUAAUGGGGAUGAACUUAUAGGAUUUGUUACUGCAAGGAUAGUGUUGGCAAAAGAAAGCGAGAUCGGAGAUUUACUAAGAUUUGACUCCUCUAGACCUGAUCAAACGUUACUCUACAUUUUGACACUUGGAGUAGUUGAUACCUACAGGAAUCUUGGUGUAGCAUCUUCUCUUAUCCUUGAGGUCAUUCGAUAUGCUUCAAGUGUUCGAACAUGCCGUGCAAUAUACUUGCAUGUGAUUUCGUACAACAUUGCUGCAAUCCAGUUGUAUAAAAAAAUGUCAUUCAGGUGUAUACGAAGGUUGCUAGGCUUCUAUUUCAUCAACGGCCAACACUAUGAUUCCUACUUGUUCGUUUACUACGUGAAUGGUGGUCGUUCUCCAUGCUCGCCAUUAGAGCUUGCUGCAGCCAUAUUGGCUUACAUGAGGAGUGGUCUGAAGUCGGUGGCUUCGCGUCUAAGGAAGAGAGACAACGACGGCUUGGUGAAAUGGCCCAAAUGUAAGGAAGGGCAUUCGCUUGUAUCAACGCAAAGCAAGAAGAAUCUGACUGCAGAAUGCAGCGGCUACGAAUGUGUAUAG